AUGCAAUUCUCCAAGGUCGCCAUCCCAGCUGUCUUAGCUGCCCUCGUUUCUGCCGGUAACGUCACUGUCACCACCGAUGUCGUUGUCACUGACUUCGUCACCUACUGCCCAGAACCAACCCACUUGGUUAUCAACAACAAGACCAUCACCGUCACUGAAGCCACCACUUUGACUGUCACCGGUCCAUGCACCAUCCCAACCACCUACGUUACCUCCAAGGAACAACCAACCACCGCUGCCCCAGCUGUCUCCACCGCUAACGGUGCUGGUAAGGUCGCUGUCGGUGCCGUUGCCGGUGUCGCUGCCGUUGCUGCUCUCUUCUAA